UCUGGACGUUUUGUAUCAUCGCGGGUUUGUGCCUAUCAAUGAUGGCGGUGCAAACGGAGAGAGGAAUCCCGCUCAGUGCGCUUAAUCCAAAGUUCCUUCACACCAACUCCACCAGCCACACCUGGCCCUUCAGUGCCGUUGCAGAGCUGAUAGACAAUGCUUACGACCCAGAUGUGAGAGCCAAACAGUUUUGGAUUGAUAAGGCGGUCAUGAGUGGUCAUGACUGUCUAAUUUUCAUGGAUAAUGGAGCAGGAAUGGAUUACGAUAAGAUGCACAAAAUGCUCAGUUUUGGCUUCAGUGACAAGGAGACUAUAAAUGGCCAUGUCCCUGUGGGCCUCUACGGCAAUGGAUUUAAGUCUGGUUCCAUGCGCUUGGGAAAGGACGCCAUUGUGUUUUCCAAGAACGGAGAGUCCAUGUGUGUGGGCCUGCUGUCCCAGACAUACCUUCAGGAGAUACAUGCAGAGAAUGUCAUUGUACCCAUUGUCUCCUUCAAACGCAUUGGACAGUCAUUCCGACCUGAGUCACAACACACAGCAAGUCUCCAAGAUAUCCUGCGCUUCUCUCUGUUCAAGACAGAGGAAGAACUGCUCUGUGAACUCAAUGCCAUCAAUUCACACUAUGCCACCGACUCCACAGGAACACGAAUCAUCAUCUGGAAUCUCCGCAAAACAUCCACAGACAAAUCUGAGUUUGACUUUGAAACAGACCGCUACAACAUCCUGAUUCCAUCUGAAGUAUAUGAGAGUGAAAAGGAGAAAUACAAGCAACCCUGCCGCGUAUUACAGUCAAGCCCAGACAGCGACUUCUCCCUACGGGCGUACUGUAGCAUCCUGUACCUGAAGCCCAAAAUGCAGAUUAUCAUUCGUGGACAGAAAGUGAAAACCCAGCUGAUCUCUAAAAGCCUGGCGCACAUUGUCAAGGAUAAAUACAAACCCACUUUUCUAAAUAAAGAAAGCAUCCCAAUCAUAUUUGGAUACAACACCAAGAGCAAAGAACAUUACGGAGUCAUGAUGUACCAUAAAAACCGGCUCAUCAAAUCCUAUGAACGUGUUGGAUGCCAAAACAGGGCAAAUGGAAAAGGAGUGGGAGUCAUUGCAGUGAUUGAGUGCAACUUCCUCCAGCCAACACACAACAAGCAGGACUUUGACUACACAGAAGAGUACAGGAGAACAAUGAACAUUUUGGGUGUGAAACUGGAAGAGUACUGGAAAGCAAUCCGCCAUAAGAGGGGAUUGAACAGCACAGUCCUUAUGGAGGAUAUCCCGAAACGUCCUGAUCAGAACUGGGCUCAGUGUGAUGAGUGCCAGAAGUGGAGGAAACUUCCCGAUGGCAUCGACACGAAUAAGCUGCCUGAAAAUUGGUUCUGUCGAUUGAAUCCAGACCCCCAGUUCAGGCGAUGUGAAGAACCAGAAGAAGCUGAAGAUUCUGAAGAUGAAAGUUCAGACUGCCUGAAAAUAUACAAACAGCAUGAGAGAAACCUCAAAAAACAGCAGGAACAGAAAAGAAUUCAGGAGGAAGCCAGGUUGAGAAAUGAUGUGCUGACUCAACAGAAUAAGGACCUGAAAAGGAAACGUGAGGACUUUGUGCGUCAACUCCGGCAAAAUGCCCCUUCCUCACCCAGAUCACCUACAGUGUCUUUGACAGCACAGAGCCCUUUAAAUUCAACACCCCUCUCACAAUCUGGCCCGGACAACAUGCCAGUGAUUUCAAAUGUCAUUUCCCUCUUCACUCCUAAAAGGACGAAAAGCAGUCUAGGACUGACCCAUAGCCAAGCUGCAAAAAGAAAAAGAAUAUUUCAGGAUAACUGUAGCAACACACCAGAUAGUCCAUCAACAUCCGCAGCUACAUCUGAUUUCAUAUCCUCACCUUUGGGGAUCACAGACAAUAAUGACAAAAAAGUUAAUGAAAACGAUGACGAUGAAACAAGCAGUGGUGGUGAUGAUGACAUUGCAAUUGAUGAGACCAAAAGCACGCCAAGACCAGAACCUUUGACCUUUGACCUCUCUAAGGUAAAGACAGAAAAAAGUACCAGCAAGGAUGCAGUGGGAUUAUAUAUGGAGUGCAGUGAUCAGGCUUCAACUUCAAAUGACCAAACCAGCAUAACAACUCAAACCGAAAGUUUCAUUGUAAAGGCGGAGGAAGACCAGCAGAUCAACAGGGAGGAGAUUGAGAAUGAUGCUAAAGGAAGGGAACAGAGUAACACUGCAGAAAUAAUCCAAGACCCCGUGGAGGUUGAGAGAUGUUGUAGUGCAGACGGUUCCAGACCAAAACUUGCGAAAUUAGAGGACACAAUUAAGGAGAAUAGAAUCAGUUUUGAACAUCCCAAGUCAGAUGUAGAAAACCAUGAAGGUACGACAUCAACAACUUCUAAAUCCUCACUUUUCUCUAACAUAGAAAUAGACCUUAUGCCAACCCAUGAAGCACAGAAGCAACAGGAUAACCUGCUAAAACUCCUGGAGGACACAGCCCAGGAAAGAGAUGAAUUAAGAGAGCAGGUUCGGGAGAAAGAUAUCAAACUUCUGAAACUCACUGUGAACAAGGACUACAGCCAUCAGAGCAUCCAGACAGAUCCAUCAGAGGAACAGCACUAUAAGACUCGCUUCUUACAGGCCACCCAGCGCAUCAAAGAGCUUACAGAAGAGAGGGAUGAGAUAAAAAAGAAAGAGGAGGUGUUGUUGCAAAUCAAAGCUGAGAAAGAGGCACAGGAUGAGGUGCGUCGUUGCCAGUUGAAACCUGAGGGGGAGGGACACUCAUCAACAACAACUGAUGUUUUCGAAAAUGUAGAUGAUGAAAUGGCUGUUCAAGUAGACUGUCUUAUAAGGGAGCUGGACAAGCGCAACUCAGAAUGCAAUGAACUGAGAAGUAAAUUGGACAGCUUGGAGCAGGAGAAAACUCGUUUACAGAAGGAAGUAGAAGAGCUGAGGAAAUACAGAGAGGAGUGGAGUAAUGCAAAAGUAGAGAAAGAGACUCUGAAGAACAGUACCACCAGUUCAAAUCAAACAUGCAGCACAAGCACAGCUGCAAACCUUGUGAAUGCGAUCACAAAGGAAGAAGAGAGCAAUGAAAGACCUGUGGAGGGAAUGAAUGCGGUGACACUGGCCAAGUUGAGGGAGCUGAGGUGCAGUGUCGCCCGUUUAUUGGUCACUUUUGUUCCUGCACUGGACCUUGACCAAGUGAACUAUGACUGUGAGGUCAUAGAUGAGAUUUUAAAUCAGGUCAUACAGGAGAUUCCCCCCUCUUGAGACCACUUUUACGUUAAAGCCAGUUGCCAAAAUGUUCAGCAUAGGUUAAUGUUUUGUAUAUAGAGGCAAAUUGUUCAAAUUCUAUUGGACUCUGAAAAUAUUAAACUUAAUAUUAAAAUGUUAACUUAAGUA